GGAGAAUUGACGACAUAUCGACGGCGGAAGGGACUAUAAUUCAAAUGGGUACUGUAGCUAUUGAUGGGGGUUCUCGCGCUGGUGAAAUCCUCGUAUCAAGGACAGUAAUCGGAAAGGGAAGUAAUGGGACCAUCGUCUUCGAGGGCACCUAUGAUGGUCAACCUGUUGCGGUGAAGCGAUUGGUACGAGGUCAUCGUGCUGUUGACUUCGACGAGAUUUAUUAUUUGAUGACAUCUUACUCGCAUCCAAAUAUUGUCCGGUACUGUGGAGCGAAGUACGACCUGGAUUUCGUGGACCUCGCUCUGGAGCGCUGUAGGUGCAGCUUGCACGAUUUGAUCGUAGCAUUCUCAGCCUCUUUGGAUUUCUCUGUCUGCCCUCAUGAUCCACCGUCCAUGGCUAAAUAUAAGAACAAGCUGGAAUCUAUAAGGGUUGAGAUGCAGGAUGUUAACCUGUGGAUUGACGGCGGUCGUCCCUCAGUUUUGUUGCUGAAGCUGAUGAGGUUGCGGAACCUCGGGAUGGAGAGCACCCGAAUUGCUUCUUAAUGGGCGUCAAACACCAUCGAUGGAUGUGUUUAAUCUAGGUUGUGUCUUGUUCUUUUGUCUUACCGGUGGAAGACAUCCAUUUGGUGAAAUAGAACGUGACAUCAAUGUUAAGACCAACAAAAUGGAUCUGUCCUUGGUGGAAUCCAUACCGGAAGCUCAUGAUCUGAUUUCGCGUUUGCUAAACCCUAAUCCUGAAUUGAGGUAGCUGUCAUCUUUGAUCACUAUCGUUUUCAUCCUGGAGUCAUUUGUCGUGAAGUGCAUCGUGGAAGUUUUCAGACAUGUUGGUCACUCUCUAAUUUGAGCUGCCAUAGUUGUGUGGUUUAUGAAUUGAGGAAGUCGGCCAUCUCAGUGUUGUUCAUGAAGUUGAUUUCUUUGAGCAUUUUGGAUCACAAUUCAUUUUUUGUAAU